ACCAGCACACACAAAAAACGUCCGACUUUCUCUCUCUACAACUGUUUCUCUCUCUACCUGAGUCCCGACAGCCGGCCGGGAUUCCUCUUCUCGUCGGUAACCGAUUUCUACUUUCCAUUAUAAAUCUCUCUUCUCUCUCACUAAACUGAUAAAAAUAAUGCUUCCACUCUUCCCAACCGUAAUCAUAUCGUAGCUCUCUCUCUAUAUAUCUCUCUCUCUCUAUAUAUAUAUAUAUAUAUAUAUUUAAGCAUGUUUUUGUUCGUUUCUUCUUUUGUUAGUUUGAUCCUUGUUUCUCUUUCAUACAAUUCGUUCGAUUCUCUCUCUGGAAUUUGUUUAUCAAACUCAUAAUUUCCUAUAAAAUUUCAGUCUCUUUAGUGUAUUUUGAUCCGAUUGUGUUUUGUGUUCAUAUAUAGACUAUAUUGCUGCGUGAUAGCUAGGGAUUUGAUAAGAAUUGAGGAGCGGAGAGAUGUUAGACCUCAAUCUGAGUGUUGCUUCGACUGAUUCAGCCUCAGAUGGACUGGAAAUGGUUAAGGAGAAGUUUCUGGAAUUUUCCGGCGGCCAAAUGGACUGUUCCGCCACCUCCAAUUCCUCCGUCGUCAAUGCGGAAACCACCAGCUUCGGCGGCGAUGAGGACUCUUGCUCUACUCACGCCAAUCAUCGCAACAGCUAUGCCAUUGAGUAUAACUUCAAUGUGCUGAAAGGCAAUAUAGAUUGUAAUCAAGGUGAAGACGAUGAGAAUCGGAGCGUUAGGUCAGGUUUUGUCGCGCAGCAGCUUUUUCCGCCGAGUGGAGGCGGAGAGGCGUCUUCUUCGCAGCGUCCGUGGUUGGAUCAUUCGUUUAAGGAGGGGAAUUACGGUGGUUUGCCGGAGCAGAGGAUCGUGCCACGACAGGUGAAGAAGAGUCGGAGGGGACCGAGGUCUCGGAGCUCGCAAUAUCGAGGUGUUACGUUUUAUCGGAGAACGGGAAGAUGGGAAUCGCAUAUUUGGGACUGUGGGAAGCAAGUGUAUUUGGGGGGAUUUGACACUGCACAUGCUGCAGCUAGAGCAUAUGAUCGGGCGGCAAUAAAGUUCCGUGGAGUGGAUGCUGAUAUCAAUUUCACUAUCAGCGAUUAUGAGGAAGAUCUUAAGCAGAUGAGGAACUUGACAAAGGAAGAAUUUGUUCAUAUCCUUCGUCGUCAGAGCACCGGCUUCUCAAGAGGAAGCUCAAAAUACAGGGGAGUAACCCUGCAUAAAUGUGGGCGAUGGGAAGCUCGAAUGGGGCAAUUCCUUGGCAAGAAGUAUAUAUAUCUCGGCCUGUUUGACAGCGAGGUGGAUGCCGCAAGGGCUUAUGACAAGGCUGCUAUCAAAUGCAAUGGAAGGGAAGCAGUCACCAACUUUGAGGCAAGCACUUAUGAAGGGGAGUUGGGUUCUGAGGCUGAUAAUGAAGGCAGUAGCCACAAUCUUGAUCUUAACUUGGGCAUUGCACCUCCUCAUGUUGCUGGUAGCCAAAAGGACAACAAAAAUGUGGGGCAGUUCCAUUUCCUACAUGGCUCAUAUCCCAUGCCUGAGGACAUGAGAACAAGGGUUGAGAACUCUGCUUCAGUAACAAUGCGGCCUCAACCACCAAAUGGCCCAGCAAUGAUAUCCGAGCACCCUCCUCCUCUUUGGAGUGGUGCGAAUAUCAGUACCUUUCCCAUCUAUAAGGAAAGAGCAAUAGAGAGGAGAAUGGAAGUUGAUUCUUUCCCCAACUGGGCAUGGCAAUUCCAGGGCCCUUAUGUCGGGGCUAUCCCAGGAUCGCUCUUCUCUACUGCAGCAUCAUCAGGAUUCGCUACUUCAAAUAUGAUUGCUUCAUCAGCUGCUGUUCAUCAACCUCACAUUCCUAAUAUCCUUCACCACCACUACUCUCCACCAAUCACCAAUACUAACAGCAUAUCCCAAUACCAUUUCAGGAUCUGAAACCUCUAGCAGGUACAAACAGAACUAUAAUCCAAAAUUUUCUCCUUUGUAUAGGAACAAAGUGGAUUAGGAAAAAAAAAAAAGAAGCAAACUAGGGUUCUAAUUGAAUUAUCUCCUACUGUACCAAAAGCUUGCUGAAUCUAGGUUUUUUUCCCCUGGUGGUAUGAGAAAUUGUUACUUUUCCGCAGGA